AACCAAACGGAGGAAGAGGAUAGAGGUGGUAGUAGGAGCUGGUGUUUUGCUGCUGCCUUCAGUUUCAUAAUGAAACAAUGAAUGACACUUGCCUCUGGUCAGACUGCAUGAUCGGGAAAGUAGUUCUAUAGCUCUGUGUCCAGUCCGGUAACAACUGUUUAGGGUCUGGUCUUGGUCUGGUGUCAGUCUUUGAUUUCACAUUCAGUACCAGUGUUCUGAUGGUCUGCACUACCCAGUGGCAGUAGCAAAAGCUCCGUAAUCAUCUAAAUGAGCUCUCAGCGCUGCUUAUCUCUGAUGUUUCUCCUAGUGACUGUAGCUCUGUGUCUGGUCUGGUGACCCUAAACAGGGUCUGGUCUUCAUUUCGGUGUUGGUUUGUGGUUUCACAUUCAGUACUGGCGACAUUAGCAAUAGCUCCUUUAACAUUUAAAAGAGCUCCCAGUGCUGCCUGUCUCUGAUAUUUCUCCCAACAUUUUUCACUCGCUAGCCACUGUUGGGGUGUAGGCACCUUAAAAUCUGUCAGCACUGCAUUUGUUUUUAGCUCAUUAAGGUAACGAUCACCUGUUAGACCCUUCGUCAGUUUUGCUCAUACAAAUCUGUCUUCUGGAGAGAAAUGUUGAGGGCACAAAUAGGUCUUUUGGAAGUUGUGUUCAGCUCUCUCCCACUGUGCUCUAAUUUUCUUUUCAUGUGGAAAGUGACCUCCACAUUUAAUCUAGUUUUAAGAUUUAAUGGGAAGAACAAAAUUAAAGAAAAAAAAAAGUAUUCUUUGUAAAUAUAUUUGUGAAAGAAUACCUAUGAAAACAAUAAAAAGGUGAAGAAAAUAACAAAUUCACAUCUUAAUAAUGUGCCAAGGAUACAUUAUAAUAGCUAAAGAAAGGAAUUAUCUUUUGAUCAUAUCUUGAGUAAAGUUUUUAUGUUUUUACUUGCUACAUUAAAUGGCAAAUUAAAAUGUUGCUAAAUUAUUUAUUGCUGGAAUAAUUCAUUUAUUAGGCUAUUUAUUUCUGAAUAUAUGUAUGGUAAUGGCAGGAUUGGCCCUCCAUACUAAAUGCCCCAGAGGAUUUUUCAUGAAAGCUGAUCUCUCUGAAGCUGUUUGUACAUGCCCUUAUCGUCAUGUCAUUAUAGCUUUCACUUCACGCAAAACAGACUCAGAUGAGUUCACAGACACUUCGGUACCGGAGCUCUGUUAGACUCAGAGAGACUUUCAGAGUCACUGCCUGAAGCAGCUGUCAAAUACGAGAUUUUGCACAAAGAUGACACCAACAAACUCCAGUUAUGGUUCCACAGACGAGCAGAUUGGACUGUGUACCAGGGAUGAUGAUAACAAACUGGGAGCAAAUCUGUCUUACAUUUACUACUUCAUGUUUGUCUUCAGUUUUAUCACCAACCUGCUGGUUCUGGUUAUCAUCCACCGGUUUGAGAAGCUGUACACUGUGAUCAACAUCUUGCUGCUGAACCUGGUGGCAUCCUCCCUGAUCUUAAUGAGCAGCCUUCCCUUCCAGGCCAUCUACAUGCAGAAAUCUGAAUGGAUUUUUGGCUCAGCUAUGUGCAAGAUCGUCUUCAGUGUCUACUACCUGGGUUUUUACAGUUCUGUUUUCUUUUUAACUCUGCUAACAUUUGACCGUUACCUUGUUUUUGUACAUUUUAUGCCCGUAGUACAUGUAAGGAGUCGACGCAAUGCUAUCAUUUCCAGUGCAGUGGUGUGGGUGAUCAGUGGUUUGGCUUGCAUUAGGCCCAUGAUCCUCCAUGGCACCUAUAGGCAUUGGGGCACUGAGCACUGUGAGGAGUUUGCUCAUAUUGAUGGUAUGAAUGUAGAGAAGCUCAAAAAAUCUGGAUUUUAUAUUCAGCUUUGUGUCUUCUUGAUCCUCCCUCUGGCUAUUAUCAUAUUUUGUUAUACUAGGAUUGUGAUUACUGUCAAAAAGUCCCGAUCGGCUUCUAAAUUCCAUGCAGUCAGGGUGAUAUUUAUGAUCGUAGUGUUGUUCUUCAUCUGCUGGAUCCCUUUUAACAUUGUAGAACUGCUGCAUUAUGAAUAUGAGUCUGUUUUGAGCUGUGAAGCUAAAAAGAAACUCGGUUACGCUCUUCAUGUCACCCGCAACAUGGCGUACAUUUACUUCUGCAUCAGUCCAAUGUUUUAUACAUUUGUAGGAAAAAAAUUUCAGAACCAUUUCAAACAGCUGCUGGUGAAAUGUUUCCCAAGAUUACAAGAUCAUAUUUCUUUUAACACAGACAUUAAAACAACACACACUUCAAGAACUGAACUUAGUCUUAAGAAGUGAGUUUAUCUUUGUGAGUUUGUCAUCAUUCACCCUGAGUCAAACCAACUGCAGUACCUUGCAACCGCAUUCAUGCUUUUUAAACUUCACGCCAUCUUUUCAUGGUACAAAAACAACCCUCACUUUGACCUCAUGUAUUGUCAUUAUACUGAAAAAUAUUUGAGGAUAUCAGUACUACUUAAGCUCAUGAGUGUGAGUGCUUAUAUCAUACAGCUAAAUCUACAGAUGAUGCCUUUUGAAUCGUUUCAUCCGGCUGUUUCAGUAGACCUUGAGUUAGUAUUUCUAAUUUCUAAUUAUGGGAUGUAUUUCAAAGUUUGCUAGAUCUUGAGCUCUGUUGUCAUGUUCCCCAUGUUACACACAGGAACAUCUUUGGAUUGGGUAUUUAGAUGGGAAGAUUACAGUCUGCUGUAACUCCUGUUUAAACCUGAUCAAGACAACAAACUCCAAUAACUGUUGGAGUUAACAUGCUUACUUUGUAACAUUACCAGUACAGAUUGACUUAAUUUAUUAAUAUAACCUUAUGAAUCUAGGUGUUUUUCUUUUCAUGUGUUGUUUAGAGUGUUUUUUUAUGUGACGUCAUAACAAUCACAAAGAAAUCUGUUAGAAAUCAGCAACAAAAAAUGCUUAAGGAACAACAAACUGGUAUACUAUGGUACUUGUGCUCUGUAUAUGCACACACUUUAUGUAAUAUCAGUGAUACAAAUGUCUGUCGCAUCUGUAUUAUAAUAAAAUUCACAGCAAAAUCCUUUAUAAGCAGACAACUAUAAUCUAUACCCUUGUAUUAUUUAACAGACUUGAAACUAUUAGCAAAAAAUAGAUACCACUAGAAUACUUGUCCAAUGAUCAGGAUGAUUCUGUUUUUCUGUUUUUGUGUGUGCUGAGGAAAUAAUAUCCCGUUGUAUUGUGUAGUUUGUUUAUUUUUUUUGAUUGGUAUGCAGUGUAUAGUAAGUGAAGAUGUAAUUAAAUCAGAAACAUUAUGCAUAGCCAUUAAUAUAUAAGGAUAUAAGUUAUGUUUGUUUAUUUUUUUUAUUCUGUACAUUAAAUUGGAUGUCUUCAAAAC